AUGAGCGGCCCUGAAAUUAUAUCUACCUCUCCGCCGGUCGGGUCUAUUGGAGAUGGGAAAGAGACCGAGUUUAUCAAGGUGCAGAAUGAGGAUGAGCUGCGGUUGGCCCAGAUGGGGCAUAAGCAGGAGUUGGAGCGACAUUUCUCGCUUUGGAGUUUGAUUGGACUCGCGGCGAAUUGUACUAUUUCAUGGACAGGCCUUGGCUUGGGUUUGAUGACUGCUAUUGACGCAGGUGGUCCUGGCGCCCUGAUAUACGGCUUCAUCCUUGUUUUCAUCCUUCAAUCUUUUGUCGGUGCUUCACUGGCGGAAUUUGUAUCAGCAUACCCUACCGAAGGAGGGAUGUAUCAUUGGAUUGCCGCCAUUGCUCCCAAGCGAUAUAACAGCUUGCUCAGCUUUGCCACCGGCUGGUGCACUGUAUUUGGAUGGAUCUUUACGUCUGCAUCAACCAAUUUGAUUUAUGCCACAACCGCCAUGGCGCUGAUUGCUCUUUACCAUGAUGACCUGGUGGUCCAACCGUGGAUGACCUUUGUCGCUUAUCAGAUCCUCAAUAUCGUGACUUCGGGUGUGGUGAUGUUUGGGAAUCGAUUUAUUCCGGCAAUCAACAAAUUUUCAUUGGUCUACCUGCAAUUAGCCUGGUUUAUUACCAUGGUUGUCGUGGCCGCCAAAGCCCCAGUUCAUAAUGACAGCAAGUUCGUGUUUCGCACCUGGAUCAACAACACCGGCUGGGACAACAAUGUUAUCUGCUUUAUCACCGGAUUGGUCAAUCCAAUGUACUCACUUGGAGGACUAGAUGGCAUUUCGCACAUCACAGAAGAAAUGCCCAAUCCCGGAAAGAAUGCCCCUUUGGGUCUAGCUAUCACGCUAUCAAUCGCAUUCGUGACCGGACUAUCAUAUCUGCUCAGUCUAAUGUUCUCAGUUCAAGAUUAUGGCAGCUUGGCUAACACACAUACUGGACUUCCUCUUGCCGAGCUCUUCUGGCAGGCAACCUCUACAAGAGGUGGAGCAUUCGGGCUGGUGUUCAUGGUAUGGAUUGCCCUUGGGCCCUGCGUCAUAGGUUCACAGUUGAGUACCGGACGAGUCUUCUGGGCCUUUGCCCGUGACGAGGGCCUGCCUUUGUCGAAAGUAUGGGCCCGUGUCAAUCCCAAGCUGGGUUCGCCGUUCAAUGCGCAGCUCUGUGUUACCGUGAUUAUCGCCCUCCUCGGCUGUAUAUACUUGGGGUCGAGCACGGCAUUCAAUGCAAUGAUGAGCUCUGCGGUGACGAUCAACAACUUUGCCUACCUUGUACCCAUUCUGACGAAUGUUCUCUUAUUCCGCCGAACCAUGCGCCGUGGCCCAUUCUCCAUGGGCCAGACACUAGGAAUGACCGUGAACAUCGUCUCUUUGGCGUGGCUGGUGUUUGCCAUUGUCUUUUUCUCGUUUCCGUAUCAGAUGCCUGUAACUGUAUCAAACAUGAACUAUACCUGUGUUGUUGUCGGUGGAUUCUUGAGUAUUGAGCUUGCUUGGUGGCUCAUUGCUGGAAAGAGGUAUUCUGCGACUGUACAACGAGCCAGGGAAGAAGGAACCAGCGAGACAGUAGUGAUUGCUGAUGGCAAAUAUGAAUAA